ACCUUCUGCGGCUGCGGGGCUGGGAGCCAGGCCUGGACCUUCCUCCCGAUCCCACCUUCCUCCUCCUCGCUGCUGCGCAGCCCCUCGGAGCAGAGAGCCUGCGGUGRGUGAGGACGCGCAGCGAGGUCCCGAGGGACUCCAGCACCCGUGGUCAGGCCAUGGCAGCGCAGCCAGUCGGGGGCCAGAAGCCCUUCCACGUCGUCUCGCCCGUCCUGGAGAGCCUGCCCCUCUCCAAGGCCGUGGGCACCAAGGUCUUCAUGAAGCUGGAGAACGUCCAGCCCUCGGGCUCCUUCAAGAUCCGGGGCAUCGGGCACCUCUGCCAGGAUGCUGCCAGGAAGGGCUGCCGCCACUUCGUCUGCUCCUCAGGGGGGAACGCGGGUCUGGCAGCGGCGUAUGCGGCCAAGCAGCUGGGGCUGCCCAUCACCGUGGUGGUCCCCAGCAGCAGCGGCCCCACCGCCGUGCGCAAACUGGAGGAACUGGGGGCCAAAGUCGAGGUCUACGGCAAGGUGUGGGACGAUGCCAACAGCAGAGCCCAGGAGCUGGUUAAGACAGAGGGCUGGGUCAGCAUCCACCCGUUCGACCACCCCUUGGUGUGGGAGGGACACGCCAGCCUGGUCCGGGAGCUGAAGGACUCUCUGGAGGCCAAACCAGGCGCCGUGGUGGUGGCGGUGGGUGGCGGGGGGCUGCUGGCCGGUGUGGUGGCCGGCCUGCACCAGGUGGGCUGGCAGGACGUGCCCAUCAUCGCCGCCGAGACGCAGGGAGCUCACAGCUUCCACGAGGCGCUCAAAGCCGGCCGGCUCGUCACCCUGCCCGACAUCACCAGCGUGGCCAAGUGCCUGGGAGCCAAGACGGUGGCGGCGAGAGCGCUGGAGUGCGCCCGGGAGUGCCGGGUGAUCUCGCAGGUGGUGGAGGACACGGAGGCGGUGCGGGCCGUGGAGCGGUUCCUGGAUGACGAGCGGAUGCUGGUGCAGCCGGCGUGCGGGGCUGCUCUGGCCGUGCUCUACUCGGGGMGGCUGCAGCGGCUGCAGAGCGAGGGGCGGCUGCCGGCCCCGCUGGCCUCCGUGGUGGUCGUGGUGUGCGGCGGCAGCAACAUCCACACGGCCCAGCUGCGGGCCCUGAAGAGCCAGCUGGGCAUGGAGUGACRCCGUGGGAUGUGACAGASCCUGGC